CAGCGACAGUCUGGCGUGCAUCUCGAGGGCGCCCUGCAAUUCUUCACCAAGUACGGCCUGGAGUUCCUCACCGGACACGCAGCACUAGAUUCGGUGUUGAUUCGACAGCUGCAAUUCCAGGGCUCGGUCGUCGCCAUCGCACGCCGUAAGAAUCUCGAGUUUCACAACCCCGAAUGGGGCCAACGUGUAAUGCUCGAGGAAGAUCUCACAAUCUAUGCAAAAUCUGGUUAUUUUGGCACCGGGGAGACUACUCGCGGGCAAACACCGGUCCCCCCGUCCGUCCCAGUCGAUCGGAACAUUCUCCGCAGUGUAUUCGUUCCUUUGCCCAAACACCUCGAGACCGCAGACACAUUCGCCAGACGCUCCACAUUGCAUCCCCAAGCCCAUCUCGACGCUGCAGCGACCGUCGUGCAGCGUUCAAACGACGCAUACGUCCACAACGUCCUCCCAGGUCUGCGCGACUCGCCCGCCAAAACCCGCGCGCCCCCAAUCACCAUCCUCGACAUCGACCAGUACAACCUCGACAUCGAGGAGCACGUCUACCUCCUGCAACACCCGAAAGUAAUCACGCAGCACUUCCACUUCCUCGCCCCACGCUACACCUUUCCCAGCAUCAACCUCCGCCUCGCCUGUCUGCUCACCGACUGCGCCAGCCUCAAAAUCAUCGAGCACGGCAUGCGCCGCAACGGCCUCCCGCCGGACUGGACGGGGGUAAGGAAAGCGGACUUGGAGCGCCGCGCGUACGUCGCUGCCUUCGAAAUCUGCCAACACGUCCACUACAUUAGCCAGCGCUCCUUGACCGCCGGUCGCUUCCUGCAGACUUUCGUCGCUAGUGCAAGGAACUUUUUUCGCUGUUUCGCGGCUGACGAGGAGGAGGAGUGGUGCGAGGGGUGUCUUGAGGCGAUUUCGGCUCGAAUUGAGCGAUUAGGUACGGGGCCGGAUGCUGACUCGUUGUGUCCUGUACUGGACUCGUAUGAAUUGAUGGUUGAUGGGUGUAAUUAUAAGUGAGGAUGCUGUUGGAGGUGGAGGUUUCCCCUGGAAUGCUUCAAAAAAAACGUCGCCAACAUUCCAAUGUUUAAUUAUGCGACACGCAAACAAUUGAGACAUCGGUAGCCGAAUUCUGAAA